AUGACUACUCCAAACCCAGCGCUUCGCCAUCAAGUCAUCCGGAUCUACAAAGACUUGCUUUACAUGGGCCGAGAGUACCCUCAAGGGUACGAUUACUUUCGUACGCGUCUACACAAGGCCUUCGCAAGCCAGCGGCAUUUGACCGAUGAGGCCAAGAUUAAGCAAGGCAUCGAGAGGGCAGAGUACGUGAAGAAAGGUUAG